AUGGAUGACUCCAGCUGGGAAUUUGUGUUUAUGGAAGACGUCCAAGGCCAUAUCGAAGAACAUGGCGUUUCAGGAAUAGAGGAAUUUUUUAAAACGAAACUCGGACGCUGGAAAGAUGUCGAAAUAAACAUCGGUAUCACAGGCAAUUCUGGUGUUGGAAAGUCAAGCUUUAUAAACGCUAUAAGAGG